AUGGGUCCUGGCCGCCUUGCCCGCUCCGGUUCUGAGAUGGGGCGAACCUCGAGCUGCCCGUGCAUUACCAAGUCCGCCGCGGGGCUGGAGCCAGACCGCUGCAAGUCCCAGAACAAGAAGCCCUUCGCAGCUACGAAGUGGGCCCGGACCUGGCCUCAAGGGACCCCAAGGCUGCGGGGCGCCUCCAAGCCCGGCAGCUCCGGCUCUCUGUGCUCAGCCCCAGGGCAUGAGCUCAGGCCGAGGAAGGGAGCUCCUGCCAUCUGCCCUGGGCAACCAGCUGAUUCCUCUUCUCUGGACUCCCCCUCAGCACCAGUAGGUCUGGUCAACCAGGGUGCUACCUGCUACCUGAACAGUGUCCUGCAGUGCUUGUUCUUCACACCCGAGCUCCGCGAAGCUGUCCUCAGGCCUCUCCAGUCCUGGGAGGGAGCAGUGGUCUGGGGCCAAGCAGAGUUGCUGGGAGUGAGCCUGGGGUCCGGAGAGGGGCUGACCCUGGAGCUAUGCGAGGACUGUGAGGAGUCCAGUCUGGUCACACAGUUGCGGAGGAUCUUUCUGGCCCUGCAGACUGCCCAGGAACCUGUGACCACCACCGCCGUCACCCACUGCCUGGGGCUGAGAAACAUACACAAACAGCGUGAUGUCCUGGAGUGCUUCCAGACCCUGCUGGCCAAGAUGGCUGCAGAGAGAGCGCAGCUCCUCCAGCCAUUCCAAAUGACCACGGAGCGUGUCAUCAAGUGUCUGGUCUGUGAGAAUGAGACACGGCUGGAGGAGGUGCAUUUGUUCCUCAUGGUGACCGUGCUGCCAGGCCCCGGCGAGGCCCCACGCUCCGUGGAUGAGGCGGUGCAGGCGCUCUUCCGGAAGGAGCAUGUCACUGGUGACAACCAGUACUUCUGUGAGAAGUGUGACUGCAAACAGGACACCAGCUCGGAACUCUGCCUGCGAGCCCUGCCCCCCGUGCUGGUCAUCUUACUGGAGAGGUUCGCCUACCAUGAGGCCUUCCACAAGCUGGAAGACUGCGUGGCUGUGUCGGCAACGCUGAGCCUGCCGUCUCCAGACAAGAACUCUUAUGAUCUCUUCGCAGUGUGUCACCAUGUUGGUGACCUCACUGGUGGACAUUACGUGGCAGACAUAAAGUCCUUUGAGAAGCCUUGCUGGUACAAGUUCUCAGACAGCCGUGUGCAGGAGCUCCAGGCAGGGCCAUCUGAGAGCAGAACUGCCUACCUGCUGAUGUACCGUCAGAGAUCGCAGGGCCCCACCAGAGCUUUUUCCUGCCCUGAGGACAAAGGAUGGGGUUAUGGUGGACGGAAGCAAGUGCUAGCGAGACUACCCUGCUCCCACCACGCUGGACGGGGUCAGGAAGGUGCCCCGUGCCUUCCAUUUGCCUCUGUCCUGGGGCUGACGCCUCACGUGGACAGAAACAGGCCUCGCCUCCACAUCCAGGAUCUCACGGAGCUGACUGGAGGGCCGUCCAAGCCCCCUGAGAUCACUGACCUCAGGGGUCUGGUGGGGCCUGGGUGGCCCGUCUUGCCUGGACUCCAUUUAAGGGCCUACCACAGUGACCUGCUCAGUGGAUCAGUGGAUUCUGCUGCAGGACAGCCUCACAAUGACCACCCAUGGGGACACCUGAGUUCUUCCUCUGUGCAGCCUGAUACAAUCUCCACCAGGGUUGGCUGCAGACCUCUGUCUGCCUGUCUGUUUGUCUGUCACACAAGUCCUCCCCAGACAAAGGACCAGCUCUGAAUCCCUGCACAGAUGGGGCGGGGGGAGGGCUGCUCUGUCAGCAAGCCCUGCUCCCACUGCAGGAGAGUGGGAUCUGGAGAGACUGGGGGGGCUGUGGCACAGGGAGCUGGGCCCUGAGGCUCAGGGCACUGGGUGCCCCAGGUGCUGGGAGAUGCCCACAUCUGGCUCACAGAUUCCGGGGCCUGCUGCCCAGCCUCAUGCUGGGGCCCCCGCAGGCCCACCCCAUUCUUACAGUAGACUCCAGGGGUUCAGACCCCACUCUCAGUUCUGAGGACAGCCCAAGACCAGGAUUCACAGGGGCUUCGGCGCUUUCCACAGGAUGUAGGCAGAGUUGGGGGUCAGCGGGGAUCUGCUCCAUUCCUGCCCCCUGUCCAGCAGAGCCCUCGGAGAGGCUGACUGCCUGU